AUGACUCUUCCUGGAGUCUCUGCACUCAAUGCGCUGUCCAGCGCAGGCGCACAGCGGCGCUGGGCGCGAGUUACCGGAGUAUUCUUCUUGACGCUUGUCAUUUGGCAGCUCUUCCUCAGCUCCAGAGCGGAUACGUCUCUGCUACCACCUGCAAGACAGAGAGUGUUCAAAGAUGACGGCGCAGCGUUGGGUUUUGUCCGCCGAGCGAAUGCUCGAGCUAGCCUUGAGCUAUCAGACUCGAUCAAAUACACGCGCCGGUGCAUCAAGCCGACCACAGAUACCGUGUCGCAACGACGUACCGUAGUGGACUCUCCAGAGCCUCUACUCGACCAACCUCGAUUAGUCAACUUGCAAGAUUCAGGAAAAAUGGACCAAGUAUUGGGAGAAUGUGUGCCAAUAUCGCUUUCUGUUUCCGAUGCGUACCCCAAACAGGAAAAAUUCUCCCAUCUGAUCUUUGGCAUGGCAACCACGUAUGGACGACUACGGGAUUCUCUCGAGUCUAUUGCCCAUUGGUCAUCUGGCCGCGACUCCAAGCUGAUAGUCAUUGUGCAAGACUGGGUCGACAAUGUUUACCAGGUCAUACAGCUGCACAAGACAUACCGAGAAAGAGGCGUACAUGCAAUCUUUAUCGAGCCGAUCGAUAAAUCGCAUACAACAUCACAAUCCCACUUCGCGGUACUGACCAAGAUGGUCCAAGAGAGCGACCCAGAGACCAGCUGGUUUGGAUUACUCGAUGAUGACACGUUCUAUCCUCAUUUAAAACCAUUAUCCGACGCACUUGGCGCUCUGGACCAUACAAAGGACCUAUUCGUCGGCACAUUAUCCGAAGACUUUAUAGCAGUCAGAAAUUUUGGAAUCCAGGCCUACGGCGGUGCCGGCGCGUACAUGUCGGCAAACCUAGCUAGGAAGCUCGGCCAUCCUGAGCAGGCGAAUCAGUGCUUGCAGGAGUUUACUCCAGACUUUGGAGACAUUAUCAUCAGAGACUGUGUCUUUCACCAUAGCAACGCAAGGUUGACUACCCUGCCUGGCCUAUAUCAACAUGAUCUUCUCGGUGACAUGCGAGGCUUUUUCGAAUCAGGUGUCGAACCGAUCAAUCUACACCACUGGAAGAACUGGUAUCAAGCACCGGUUGUUGCCAUGUCUGCGGCAACCGAGUUCUGUGGGUCCUGUUUUCUGCAACGUUGGUUGUUUGGCUCCAACACACUUCUUUCAAAUGGCUUUUCCAUCACCCUUUACCCCGAUGGAUUAGAUUCGAUUGACCUCAACAAGAUGGAACGAACCUGGAACCAGGUUUACCCAGACGAAGACCCCCAUUACGAAUGGGUUCUGGGCGCUCUGCGCGAGAGUGUACCCAAUGACCAACGAAUAUCAUAUUUCCUCAGGGACACAGAGGUUUAUAAUGGCACCAUGAGGCAAUUAUAUCUACGGGAGCGCAUCGAAGACUCCGACUUGGCUGACGAGGUGAUUGAGCUCAUAUGGAGGAGAUGA